CAACCCUCAGCGAUAUCUCACCUCAUUCCACGACGAACAAUGGCCCCUUCCUCGUACAAGCAAAUCGUCCUCAACAGCCGUCCAGUGGGCGACAUCGAACCAGACACCUUCCGCACCGAGGUGCGACCCGCUUCUGACCUUCGACCAGGUCCUGGACAGGCGCUCGUCCAAUGCACAUGGUUGUCGCUUGAUCCUGCUAUGCGAGGGUAUAUCAGGGAUGUGAGGAGUUACUUGCCUCCUGUGCAGAUUGGCGAGGUCAUGCGUGCUGCAGGAUUGGGAGUCGUCGUUGCCGUUGGACCUGGAAGCAAAUUCCAGGUUGGAGAUUAUGUUAGUGGGCAAUGGGGUAUGCGCGAGUUUGCUGUCGUGAAGGAUAAGCAUUUGGAGAAACUCGAGCUGGGUCCCGGUAUCGAAGCUCUGGACUACUUGGGCGUCCUCGGUGGCUCAGGUCUCACCGCCUACUUCGGUCUCAAAGAAAUCGGUCAACUCAAGGCCGGCGACAAGCUCGUCGUCUCAGGCGCCGCUGGCUCCGUCGGUACUGUCGCUUGCCAGCUAGGCAAAGCAGCCGGCGCCAAAGUCUACGCUAUCGCUGGUGGUCCUGCCAAAUGCCGCUGGCUCGAGGAGGAGAUUGGAGUCGAGAAGGCCUUUGACUACAAGAGCCCGAGCUUUUUCGCUGAUGUGAAGAAACAUGUGGGGUACUUGGAUGUGUACUUCGAUAACGUUGGAGGCGAUAUUUUGGACUUUUUGCUUACUAGGUUGAACAAGGACGCGAGAAUUGUGCUUUGCGGUGCUAUCUCUGCGUACAAUUCGCCUAAACCCAAAGGAUUGCAAUCUUACCUGAACCUUAUCUCCCAACGCGCAACUCUCCGAGGGUUUAUUCUAUUCGACUACGAACAUCGAUAUCCCGAGGCUCUCGCUGAACUCAGGAAAGGCCUUCAGUCAGGCGCUAUCAAGCGAAAAUUCCACAUCGUGGAAGGAGGCAUCGAGCAAGCACCCAAAGCCCUGCCUAUGCUCUUCUCCGGUGGAAACACUGGUAAACUUGUCGUCAAGGUGUCAGACGAGCCAAAGGCGCAAGCCAAGCUUUAAAAACGCAUGUAUUCAUGAAGAGAAGAUUGAUUUCCGGCCAUUGUUCACCUCUAUUUGAAUUGGCGUUUCAUUGUAGGGUGCUGUAGAAUAUAUACACUGACAGGGCAAUGAAAGAGGGUAUUAUGAAUCUGAAGGGCUAGCCC